UCCAAUAAGAUCAGAAAGACCUCUGCAUCAUCCGCAUAUCAUGCUCGCUGAAAUAAGAAAGCACUUGUUGACUGUAAAUAAUAAGAACAUCGAAAUUUGAAUAAUAAUCUUUAUGGUACUUACAUACGAUACUGCAUUGACCGUGUAUCAUGGAUUAGAAAUUCAGAAUGUCAUUAAAAAUCAAUUUUUCUCAAAGAGAGAAAAGAAUCCUGAUUUCCGUUACAAGAAAAAACUGCUCCUGUUAACCCCGCUUUUGUCGAUCAUCUAUCUUUGUGGAUUACGAUGGCUGCGAGAGGCAUUCAUAGCCUGAGAUUCAAUCAGGAUCAAGGUUGUUUUACGUGCUGCAUGGAGUCUGGAUUGAGAAUUUACAAUGUAGAUCCGUUAGUCGAGAAAGCGCAUUUCGAUAACGAUUUAAUGGGAAGCAUCUCCAUGGCCGAAAUGCUUUGGAGAACGAACGUGAUUGCCGUGGUGGGUGGUGGCAACCGUGCUAAAUUUGCUGAUAAUACCGUUCUGAUCUACGACGAUCUGUCAAAGAAGUUUGUCAUGGAAGUUACCUUUACCAGUCUCAUUAAAGCAGUCAGAUUGCGAAGGGACAAAAUGAUAGUGGCGCUACAGCGAGAGAUUCAUGUCUUUUCAUUCCCAACGCCUGUUCGAAGAUUAUUGACGCUUGAAACUAGAGACAAUCCAACAGGCUUGGUAGAAAUAGCAACAUUUGCAACAGCUCAGAGGCAAUUGCUGGCCUUUCCUGGCCACAAACUUGGUAGUGUACAAUUGGUGGAUCUUGGAGCUACCGAGGCUAGUAGUUCCAGUGCUCCUGUAACUCUUUCAGCACAUCAGGGUGCAUUAGCAUGUCUGGCAGUUAAUGGAAAUGGAACUAUGAUCGCAACUGCAUCCGUUCAAGGAACCUUAAUAAGAGUGUGGGACUCUGUGCGUAGAAAUUUAUUAGUUGAAUUGAGACGUGGUGCCGAUCCUGCUACGCUCUACUGCAUAACGUUUAGCAGAGACUCAGAAUUCUUGUGUGUCUCAAGUGAUAAAGGAACGGUACAUAUAUUUGCUUUAAAAAAUACCAGCUUGAAUCGACGAUCCACCUUUUCAAACAUGGGUUUCCUAGGCAAUUAUGUCGAGAGUCAAUGGGCACUGGCUACUUUUACAGUACCUCCAGAAUGUGCCUGCGUUUGCGCAUUUGGCACACAUAAUUCUGUGAUAGGUAGUAUAUUUAUCUCGAAAAAAAAUGUCAAUACAUUCUACUUAUCCUCUUAUUUUAUUGUAAUUACAGCUGUAUGUAUGGACGGAACGUUUCAUAAAUACGUUUUCACUGCAGAAGGCAAUUGCAAUCGACAAGCAUUUGAUGUCUUCCUUGACGUGUGCGAUGACGAUGAUUUUUAACAUAAGGCCUAUCAUGUGUGCAUGUAUGUAUGUACGUGUGUGUGUGUGUGUGUGUGUGUGUGUGUGUGUGUGUGUGUGUGUACGUGUGUAUACGUGUGUGUGUGUGUGUGUGUGUGUGUGUGUGUGUGUGUGUGUGUGUGUGUGUGUGUGUGUGUGUGUAUGUGUGUAGUUAAGAGACUAUGUAUUUGCAACUUGAAAUUUCUAGUCGGUUUACGAACGAAAUUUCUCUGUAUGUGAUAAUUGUACAGGUAAUCGAAUCGCUGAUUACGUGGAAAGUGCAUAAGUCAUGGGAACAUCAAUAUUCUCUGGAAUUCAUAAGUACCAUCUCUUUUUAUGACUUGUGUACUUUUCAUGAUUAAUUAUACAGUUUUAAUAAAUAUUAACAUUUAUUUUGUACAACAAA